AUGUCGGGCUCACAAGUCCUGAAGAAGGUCUUGUUCAUUGGGGCCGGUGGGAAUAUCGGCGGGCCCAUUUUCCGAUCGCUCGAGAAGGCCGGAUUCGACCUGACGGUGUUGAGUCGGCCAGACUCGAAGAACACGUUCGGCCCCAAUGUCAAGGUGGUGAAGAAAUUGUACGACGACCCGUCUCUCUCCGAGGCCUUCGAGGGGCAAGACGCCGUGGUGUCGUUUGUGUCGGUGGCGGCGUUGCUGGACCAGAUCAAGCUCAUCGACGUGGCCGCCAAAGCCGGCGUGAAGAGGUUCAUCCCUAGUGAACUGGGCUCCAAUACCUUGAACCCCAAGGCUCAGGAGCUGGUCUUCUUUUAUAAGCAGAAGCAGACGGUGCUGGAGCAUCUGGAAGCCACGGCCAAGAAGAAUCCAGGCUUUAGCUGGACUGGACUGGCCACCGGUCCUGUCUUUGACUGGGGCCUCCAAGUUGGCUUUCUGGGCUUCAACCUGAAAACCCACACCGCGCUGAUCUACGACGACGGCAACGUCCGGAUUUCCUACACCAAUCUCGACACCAUCGGAGAAGCCGUGGGUGCGAUUCUGCGCAAGCCCGCCGAAACCGCGAACAAGUAUCUCUCCGUGUCGUCCUUCACGCUGUCACUGAACGACAUCCUCGCGUCGCUGGAAGCCGCCACCGAGACCAAGUGGACCGUCAACCACGCGAGCACGGCCGACGCCGAGCGAGAGGGCAAAGAGAAGCUGGCCAAAGGCGACUUCACCGGCGUCCGCACCUUGCUGGCCCGCCUCAUGUAUGGAGGCGACACGGGGGCAAACUUUGAGAAGGAGCCGACCUUUGCUAACCAGCUACUCGAGCUGCCGCAGGAAAGCCUCGAUGCCACGGUCAAGGCGAUUGUGGCCGGGCAAAAGUGA